AGGUACUUCGCUUUCUAGCCAGCUAAUCGCUAGCCAGAUUAGUCGGAUCUUAUCGCUCUUCGCCUUGAAUAUUUGGAGUGCUGGCCAGUUGGAAGUGCAUUGGGUUAGUCUGCAAGGGAUAGCGCUACCAAAAUGAGUGGAAGUUCUGCUAAUUCCAUAAGACCUCUGCCGCCGGGCCUGCAGAAAGUGGCCAUCGAGGAGCUGAACGAGGUGCCAAGUCGAGUGGAAUCGGACAUUGCUGCUCUGAAGGAGUGGCUGCAGAAGCAGCCGCAUCUCUGCGCCUGUCUCGAGGAUCAGUUCCUGCUCAGUUUCCUAAGGGGAGCGAAGUUUAGUCUGGAGAAGGCCAAGCAAAAGAUUGAUCGCUUCUAUAGCUUGCAAGGCGCCAUUCCGGAGGUUUUCAACGACCAGCGAUUGGUGGACAACGCCCAGGUGCUGGAGAUUAUUCGGCUGGGAGUGAUUCUGCGCAUUCCCCUCGAGGGGGAGGACACUGGCCCAGCUGUGACUAUAAUUCGAGCUGGCUCCUAUGACACCAACAAAUUCAAGUUCCAGGACAUCAUACGUGUGGGCUCCAUGUUCGGAGAGAUCAUGAUGCUGGAGGACGACAAUGCCUGCGUCAGUGGCUACCUGGAGAUCUUGGACAUGAGCGGAGUGACGGGUGCAAAUCUGUUUGCCCUCCAACCGCAACUCCUCAGCAAAUUCUCCGCCUACGCGGACGAGGCAAUGCCAACGCGCCAGAAAGGAAUCCACUUCAUCAAUGUGCCCAAGGCAUUCGAGACGGGUUUCAAGUCGCUGCUUGGUUGGUUUCCGGCGAAAAUUAAGGAGAGGGUUUCCGUUAGCUCCGAUCCGGAUGCUAUCUUCCAGCGAGUUCCUAAGCACAAUCUUCCUGUGGAGUACGGAGGCUCCAAGGGAACCAUGAAGGAUAUCACCACUCAGAUGGAGGCAAAGCUCUCUAGCUACCGGAGCUACUUUGAGGAUUGCCAGCACUUUGGAACCAAUGACAAGCUGCGCGAGGAAGCCGCAGUGGCAAACCCAGAAGAGAGCCACUUUGGUCUGGAUGGCUCUUUCCGCCAGUUGAAUUGCAAAAAUGUCACGAUGAAACAUUCGUUCAUCGACCGCCAAGAGAAGACCAACCAGAUGCCGUCCAUCCGACCCCUGAGCCCCGAGCUCCAGAAGACUGCCAUUGAGAAGCUGAACGAGGUGCCACAAAAGUUGGACGAUGAUAUUGCCGCCCUGAGAGAUUGGAUUAAGCAGCAGCCCCACUUGAAAGCCCGCACGGAUGAUCAGUUCCUGGUGAACUUUCUACGCGGCUGCAAGUUCAGCUUGGAAAGGACCAAGGCCAAGAUCGAUAGGUUCUACACACUACGGACCAAGUACCCGGACUUUUACUUGGGCCACAAUGUCGAUGUCGACAAAGCGCUGGAGAUAUUUAAAUUGGGCACCAUGGUGAUUCUGCCACGUCCUCUAAACGACAAUGGCCCCCGUUUGGCGCUGAUCCGCAUGGCCUGCUACGAUCCCAGCCAAUACACCUUUCAGGAGGUGAAUCUAGCCGGCGGUCUCAUGCAGCAGAUUAUGCUCGACGAGGAUGAUGUGGCCAUUGUGAACGGGCUGAUAUCCAUUCUGGACCUGUCCAAUGUCACCACCGGGCACUUCCUGCAGAUGUCCCCGUCUUUCGCCAAGAAGAUGACCGUUUUCCAGGAAGAGGCCCUGCCCCUGCGACCACAGGGAAUCCACUUCAUCAACACGCCAAGUGGAUUCGAUACCAUCUUCAAUAUGUUCAAGCCCAUGAUGUCUAAGAAGCAGCAAGGACGCCUCUACGUUCAUGGAAGCAAAUGGGAAGCACUCUACAGUCAGAUCCCCAAGCAGUACUUGCCCGUGGAGUACGGAGGAGAGAACGGAUCGAUUCCGGAGCUGCUGCAGAGCUGGGAGCAGCGUAUUCUGGCCUACCGCAAUUACUGGGAGGAGGAGAAGAACUACGGAACCGACGAGAGCCUCCGAGUAGGGCAGCCCGUGGACUUCGAGAGUCUUUUUGGACUGCAGGGCUCCUUCAGGCAGUUGAAUGUGGACUAAAGUGUCCGUCCUCCGCCAAAUUGCUAAAAAUAGCCUUGGCUGCAGCUCUUAUCUGUAACAAAGGUAACAAAGGUAAAGGCUGUCGAGAGCUAAACGUGAAUCCAAUCGAUUUGAUAAGCCUAGCGAUAAGAGCAUAAAACAAACAAAAGCCCAACACAGUCCGCAAUAAAGAUAGUUAAUUUUGUA